CUGGGCAACUAGACAGACGCUACUCGAGCCUUCCGGAAGUGCGUGGCUCUGAGGAAACAUGGCGCACAGAGCGGGGCAACCACCAGACCUAUGCAUCGCUUCAAUCUAUUCGUUUACUGCAUUUUAUAGUUCGAUUUUCGUCGCGUUUGCAGCUCUUGAAAUAGCAAACGCCGACAGUGCGUUCAGUGCCAGCCGCACGGCUACUGCGCCCGUCGCUGCCGCGAGGGAUCUGCGGUACCUUUUGUACGACGUGAACCCCCCGGAGGGUUUCAAUCUGCGGAGGGAUGUCUACAUCCGCAUGGCCUCCAUGGUGAAGACUUUGAGGAAGGAGGGGGAUGACUGGGUAUUGGUGCUGCCCCCAUGGGGUCGUCUCUAUCACUGGCAGAGCCCCAACGUCCACCAGGUUCACAUCCCGUGGGGGGAGUUCUUCAGCCUCACGAGCCUGCAGGCCAAUGUGCCUGUCAUUGAGUAUGAGGAAUUCAUUGCGGAAAACGGAGGCCCAUUCAUAGACCAGGUUCUGGUACUGCAAAACUACGCAGAGGGAUGGACCGAUGGGAAAUGGGAGGAAAAGGUUGAUGAGCGGCCGUGCGUUGACAAGUUGAUGUACUCCAAAGAUAAACAAGGUUACUACAGGGGCUGGUUUUGGGGCUACGAGGAGACAAGAGCUCGGAACGUAACGUGUAUAUCAGCCCAAGGCCACGCCUCGAUCAUGGCCCCAGUUCUUCAGAAAAACAUCACGGGGACAUCAGUUAUGCUUGACCGAGCGGAGACCCUUCUUCAUGAUCACUACGCCGGAAAAGAUUACUGGGAUACCCGUCGCAGCAUGGUUUUUGCCAAGCACCUGAGACUUAUUGCAGAUGGGUUCAGAGAAAAGUACCUGAACUCUACAGAUGACAGAGACCAUACCGUUUACAGUGAGGAUUGGACCCGCAUGAAAGCCAAGCUAGGAUCCGCUAAAGGUGGCCCAUAUCUGGGAGUCCACCUACGCAGGAAAGACUUCAUCUGGGGUCACAGAGAAGAUGUACCAAGCCUUAAGGGGGCAGUGCUAAAAAUGCGCAGCUUGAUGAAGAAGCAUAAACUCAACACUGUGUUUGUUGCAACGGAUGCAGAUGAGGAAGAAUUAAGGGAGCUGAAAGGGUUGUUGCCAGACAUGGUGCGGUUUGAGCCUUCCAGAGAGGACCUGGAGCUGUUGAAAGAUGGAGGCGUGGCCAUCAUUGACCAAUGGAUAUGUGCCCAUGCGAGGUUGUUCAUAGGAACGUCAGUGUCCACCUUCUCUUUUCGGAUCCAUGAAGAGAGGGAGAUCUUGGGUUUCGACCCCAAAACCACAUACAAUCGUUUCUGUGGGGACACUGAAAAAGAAUGUGAACAACCCACACACUGGAAAAUAGUGUUUUGAUGUGUUGAAUUACUUCCCUGACACACACAAGUGCCAAACGCAGUGUUAAAAGUUACUUAUAUUUGUAUGGGAUAUACAACAUAUUUGAACUGUUUUAUGGUGAAUUUUUUCACUUUUAAAGGUUUCAGAGUUGUGCAAUCAACCAGCCUCAGACAAGACUGGGAUGCCAAACAUAUAUUACUGCAAUGUUCAAUAAAUCUGCAAGUAUUUUUUGGGUUGAAUGUGGAUCCUUCAUGACAGCCUGGUAUUUUACAAAAUACUUUUUUUCCAGUUCCACUGGUGAGAAAAAAGUGUCUUAUAAUGACUGCUGUAAAGAAAUGUAUGGAAGUAUUCUCAUUUUAACAUUUUGUGAGAUUAGAAAAUGUUCUAAUGUUCUAUGUAUUUAACUGAGCAGGUGUUGAAGGGAGUUCAUCCCAAGCUUCUCUAUGCUGAGCCAGUUCAGCCUGACGUGCAUGUUAGUGCUCUCGAACCAAAGGUUAGCACAUUGCCACCGAUCUGCACUGUGCUCAUUCAGAUUAGACUAGCACAAUUAAUUUGCUCUGAAUUUGGAAACCAGCACCUUGAAUAUACAACUUUGUUUAUCAAAGAUAACACCGCAUAAGUAUAAAGGAGCAUUCAGAGGUCAUGUCCACAUAAUGAAGAUAAUGUUUUCUUUCUUAAGUUUCUUACCAAAAGUGUACGUUUAAGUAUGUAAAUGUUAGUUCUAAAUACAUUUUGAAUGCAUUUUUUUCAAAGCUUAUUUUCUAGUUUCUUCAGUCUUUUUAAGCACUGCCAUUUGAUGGAUUAGCGAAAUUGCAUUUCAUCACCUCAAUCUUGUGCACUUGCCCCGUGCCUUUGCACAACAUACACAUAUCAAGUUGGUCUGUUCACUAAAACACUGAGCAAUAGUGAUACCAAUGGUAAAAAAAUAAGAAUAAAGAACCAGAAAGAAGCUAGAAAAUACCAGUCCACAUUAUACUUGUGGUUCCAUCCUAUGUCUGUGUUUGUGUGAAAAAAUGCUAUUUCCUUUAUUUCAUACUUGUAUGUUGUACCAGUAUCUAGAAUAGUUUUGUUGUACUACACUACAAUAUUAUUUCCUUUGGAGAAAUAGGAAAUAUGACGGACAUUGUAAAUAACAAUAUCAAGUCUGAGAAGCCACAAAGCAGGCCCCAUGUCUUAUAGACAACCCUCUUUAUGUUUAAUUUCUGCCGAUGCCUGCAUUUUGAUUAAAAUCUGUCUGGCAUGCAAUGUUGUCUCAGGACUUGCUUUGUACAGUAGUUGGGUUGUUUUGAUGUUGAAUAAAAAAGCAUUAGUCAUUUUGUUUGCUAUUAUAUAUUUGUAUCUAUCUUUUUUAAUCUCAACCAAAUUAAGUCAACAUCUGAAAUGUAGGAAUUAUGUGGAAACUUUAUUGACAUAGACGUUCUUUUUACUCAAGUCACAAGAUAAUUUAAAUUUUGAUGAUGUAUAUCCCUGUCAUUAAAAUAUUCCCUCAAAUGUAUAAUUCCCAAUAAUGGGGGUGUUGUUGAUCAUAUGUAUUUAAGAUACUCACUUAACAGUGUGAAUCCAAAUACAAGUGUUCUUAAGGUAGUUUACAAAUAUUAACCUUUCACAAAACUCCAAUCCCAGAUCCAACAUUAAGAUAGUCAUUGAGAACAUAAUCAGAGAUUUCUUUUAUCCCUCCAUAUGUCUUGGUAGUCAUCCUUUUACAUUAUGUGUUAUGCUCUCUCUCCCUUCUAUUUCCCUGUGUUAGUUUUUCACACGGUUUAGUAACAGCAACUGGGUGAGCUCACCCAUUCUUUUCACCCAUUCACAUCAAAAUGGGAAAACUGGC